AUGGGCCGUCGCAGUUUCGACGACGGUGCCUUGAUGCGCCUCAUUUCUCGCCGACACUCGUCCUCUCACAGCGAGUCUCUGACUGACUCGAAGCUUCCACACAGGAACCGCGCCUUUUCCAUCCGAUCCGGCGGUUCCAACAAGAACUCCGCCGGCGCCGGCGCCAACAAGAUGAGCGGCUUCUCUCUCAGCUCGCUCCGCGGCACUGUUCAGCCCGAGCUGUCCAAGAAGCUCUUUCGCCUCAUCAAGUCGGAGAACAACCUGAUCAACGCGCACGAGGCCGCCGGCCGUGAGCGCGUCUCUAUUGCUACCCAGCUUUCCGAGUGGGGCGAGCAGACCGGCGACGAGGCUAUUAACGACGUCUCCGACAAGGUGGGCGUUAUCCUCAGCGAGAUCGGCGAGCAAGAGGACACGUACGCCCACGCCAUUGACGAGUCGCGCGGCUACCUCAAGGCCAUCCGUAACACGGAGAAGAGCGUCCAGCCCAGCCGCGACGGCAAAGCCAAGAUUGCCGACGAGAUUCAGCGCCUCAAGUUGAAGGAGCCCGAGAGUGCCAAGCUGGUUGUUCUCGAGCAGGAGCUUGUCCGUGCCGAGGCUGAGAACCUCGUCGCCGAGGCUCAGCUCACCAACGUUACUCGUCAGAAGCUCAAAGAAGCGUACGAGGCCGAAUUUGCCGCCACCAUUGAGCGCGCCGAGAAGCAGAUUAUCCUGGCCAAGCACGGUCGCCGUCUGCUCCAGCUCCUCGACGACACCCCAGUUGUUCCCGGUGACGCCAAACCCGUCUACCACCACGCCAGUCAGGCUCGCCAGGUUCUCAACGACGCCGAGGACGAUCUUCGCGACUGGCAGCCCGAGACUGACCACUACCACGCCGAGGGUGCUGAGGUUACCCAGAGUACCAGUGCCGAUGUUGGAGUCGUCGCCGAGGAUGAGGGCAAGGCACCAGAGCUCAAAGUGGACGAUGUUGUUGCUGAGAAGGCCACAGCCGUUUAA